GAAGACGCUCCCGUACGGCGAAAGAAAGCAAUAUGUUUCUGACGCAUGCGCAGAGAGCAAGCCGGUAGCACGUCGUAGUAGACUGCGAGAGUUGAGAAGGCCGGCGCAUGCGCAGAUAGGGGACUGGUCAACUCGAGAGGUACGGCCGCAGAGAGAAGACUAGUGGCAUUGCGGCUUCGACGCAUGCGCAGACAAGAGACCGGCAGCAUGGCGGAUAACCCAGUAUCAGAAUCUCUGCUCCAGAGGUUGCAGCAGGAUGGCGAGUACGGGGGCAUGGACAGCCUGGAGCUGGCAGCGGCGCUGGGUGUGGAUCACCAGCAGGUGGUGGGGGCAGUGAAGAGCCUGCAGUCCCUGGGAGAGAUCAUCGAGGCAGAGCAGCGAUCCAGCAAGAGAUGGGAACUGAGCCCAGAAGGGCAGGAGAUUGCCCAGGAGGGGAGCCAGGAGGCCAGAGUAUUUUACAGCUUGCCUAAGGAGGGGCUGGCACAGGGCGAGCUCAUGAAAUUACCUGUAGCGAAGAUUGGCUUCAGUAAAGCCAUGUCUAAUCGCUGGAUCCGGCUGGACAAAUCGGCAGAAGGGGGGCCGCGUGUUUUCCGUGCAGUAGAUUCAGUGCAGGACGCCGUUAAGGAGAAACUACAGCUGGUCCUGCAAGGAAAGGGCGACACUGUGAACGAGAAGGACAAAAAUGAGCUGAAAAAGCGGAAACUGCUCAAUGAAGUGACUAUUAAAACGUACUGGGUAACGAAGGGCAGUGACUUCAGCACCAGUAUUACCAAGCAGGAGACUGACCUUACACCGGAAAUGAUCGCUAGCGGGUCAUGGAAGAAUAAGAAAUUUAAAGGCUACAAUUUCAAUGCACUGGGCGUGAUGCCGGAGUGCGGGCACCUGCACCCGCUGCUGAAAGUCCGCACGCAGUUCCGACAGAUAUUCCUGGAAAUGGGAUUCACAGAAAUGCCAACGAAUAACUUCAUUGAGAGCUCAUUCUGGAACUUUGACGCAUUGUUCCAACCUCAGCAGCAUCCGGCCAGAGAUCAGCACGACACCUUCUUCCUGCAGGAUCCAGCCAUGGCAUCAGAAUUUCCAAUGGAUUAUCUAGAGCGGGUGAAGAAAGUUCAUUCCGAGGGAGGAUAUGGCUCGCAAGGGUAUAAGUAUGACUGGAGCAUUAAUGAGGCCAGGAAGAACCUCCUGAGGACACACACCACGGCAGUCAGUGCUCGGAUGCUGUACAAGCUGGCUCAGCAGGAGGCGUUCACACCGGUUAAGUAUUUCUCCAUUGAUCGUGUGUUUAGGAAUGAGACUCUGGACGCCACCCAUCUAGCGGAGUUCCACCAGAUAGAAGGCGUAGUGGCAGACUAUGGGCUAACUCUAGGAGACCUCAUGGGUGUUCUGAAGGAGUUCUUCAAUAAACUGGGAAUCGAUAAACUGCGUUUCAAGCCUGCGUAUAAUCCUUACACAGAGCCGAGCAUGGAGGUUUUCAGUUACCAUGAAGGUUUGAGAAAAUGGGUGGAAGUUGGAAACUCAGGAGUCUUUCGGCCAGAAAUGCUGCUUCCUAUGGGGCUUCCGGAGGGUGUUUCUGUCAUCGCAUGGGGUCUCUCGCUGGAGAGGCCGACGAUGAUAAAGUAUGGGAUUAAUAACAUCCGAGAGCUGGUGGGACAUAAAGUCAACCUGCAGAUGGUAUAUGAUAGUCCUAUAUGCCGCCUGGACUCGUAACAACCAGCAAAGCCGUGAAGAGACUACAAGGAGAGAUUUUUUUGGACUCCGUAACAGUACACCUGAGGAACAAAGAGCGCGGUUACGAUUUGGCUUGUACAGCCGCUACAGACAUUUGUAAUUACUCCGUACUGCAUUUGUAGCAUCAAUACAAACUUUUUCUACUUUUUCCUAACCACAUUGGGGAUGCUCGGUGAUAUACUGAUACUUCAGACAUUUACAGUAUAAAAUAUCUUUCUGCAGCCUGGAGUCUAAACCCAUGUAAUGUAUCUGUCUCUAUUUCUAAAUGAGCAUAAAUUCUUUAUGAAUCUCGAUUUUAAGAGUCUGCUCCAGGAAAUAAUACAUAUUUUAAAUGUGGCUAGUAAUGUCCCAGUAUGACGCACAAAAUAUUUAUUUAUAAUAAAUACUCUCUAUACUGCUCA